ACGCGUAUUGACCUGUGUGAUGCAAGAUGGCCGUUGCCACUACGUUCGUCGAUCGUGAACUAUCCAAAAUUAUUCCAAUUGUCACAGUAAAUACGAUUUUUCAUGGCCAAGUGCUCGACCAUCGUUUGAUUAGGAAGAAUGGAGGAAAAGGCUGAACUUGUAAAAUGUCUCGAGGAAAAAAUUGACAGUGGCAAAGCCACGGUACAUCGUCUGAAACCUGCGGGGAAGGUCGAUGGGGUUGAGAAACUUACACGAAAAAUUCAACAAGAAAUUAAAUUUUUAGAAAAGGUACAAUCUACAGGGAACGUAAAGAAAGAACAUCUACAAAGCACGAAUCUGAUUCAUUUAAAUGCUAUCGUCGUACGAUUAUUCUGUGCCAAUGAACCCACCAAUGUUAUGAAACCCUUUAAAUAUCAAAAAUCGCGAUUAGAAGUAGAUAUAGUAUGCAAUGGUGGUGCAUCAUGGAUAAAAGUUAUCGCUAGAAAUGCCAGAGCACUUACAUUGAUUUCGAUGGGCAAUGGGGAAUAUGGACAGAAAUCUGUGCUAGAUCAAGCAGUGAGUUACUUACAAUGUGCCAAAUGCCAUCCACACCUUUAUAGGCCACCGGAUGUUAUAUUUCAUUUUGCUUAUGGCAUAGAAAUACCAUUAGCCUCACGUCUAGAGCACAUGGGUGUAAUUGUCGAAGGAGAUAGAAUACAAUCGGAAGAUGAUAAGAGCACCGAUAUAUAUGAAACUGAUGACAAGUUCUCUGCAUGGAUGUACACUUUAGGAUCCAUGGAUGAACCUUUGGACAAAUACAAAGAAAGUAUACAUUCAGAUCUAGAAACUUUAAACACAUCGUCUCUUGCAACCGAAAUAAACAUUCUUAAUCUCGAUGUAUCAACUUUAUUGGCUUAUGUGACGAAUAUGACAAAUGGGUAUGAUCAUUUUAUUUAUCGUGAACCACUGCUCACGCAACAAGCAGAGAUGGAAAGGAAACGUCCAGUAAAGCCAAUCCUAGAGAAAUUAUUUAAAGAGAAAGAACUCAUUGUUUGCCAAACUGCUUAUGAAAAUUUUAUGAACAUCAUAGAUGUGAUAGGUGGACCCAAAGAAACUGCCAGGGCAAAAGAGUUAUUAAGCAGAGUUCGAAUUGUUAACAACCUACCUACAGGCAGAAUUGUAGAGAAGCUAAGUUUGGGUGGUAAAAUUAAAGACAGAUCUAGACUAGUUUUUGCGACGGGAGAAAAUACGAAAAGCAUCACUGUAUCCGCAAACGAAGGAUUUGUUAGAGCCGCGCGUAUGCAGGGUAUUGAGUGCACAGUUUUUCUGCAUGAACCUAGAUCUCUUUCAGAGAUUAAAGAGGGUUAUGCAACAAAAAUAAAUUCAUUUUGAUAUUGAUUGAACGCAUUUAGAUUAUUGCAAAAGAAAUAUACACAGGACAUGAGAAAUAUUUCUAUUAUUUAUUGUUAAAUGUAUUAUAGGAUGCACAGAAAUUAUUUUAUAUCGGAUCGGAUCUGGUAGUCUAUGUCCAUGUGUCCAUAUUUGUUUCAAAUUCUGUAAUAAAAAAGAAAAUCAUUAAAAUUGAAUUACGAUAGAAA